CUUGUGAAUUUCAUCGACACUUGAGAAUUGAACGAUUGUCCGUCCACUGUCAAACCUUGUCUCCGAAUCCACCGACAUCUCCCGCACCACCUUGUUCCCCUUUUUUUUUUUGUCUUGUCUCCCUUCUCUUGUGAGACAAUAGGAAACCUCAACCAGAACCAUUCUUGAGUCUCAGCCUGUCUAUCACAGUCGCCUCUUCCCUUCCCCUCAACCAAAGCCCCUCCUGCGAAGAAGCACCCUACUUCCCUUGGUCAGGGCCCCCUCCCCCGUCAAUCUUCCGCCAUCGUCAUGUCCGCCGUCGCCACCGUGCCGACUCCGGCUCCGGAGAAGAAGAAGCUGGAGAAGAAGCCCAUCAAGUUCUCCAACCUGCUCCUCGGAGCCGGCCUCAACUUGUUCGAGGUCACCUCCCUCGGCCAGCCCCUCGAGGUCGUCAAGACCACCAUGGCUGCCCACCGUGGCGACGGCUUCAUGUCCGCCCUGGGCCGUAUCUGGUCCCGCGGUGGUGUGUUUGGCUUCUACCAAGGCCUUAUUCCCUGGGCCUGGAUCGAGGCAUCCACCAAGGGCGCCGUGCUCCUCUUCGUCGCCUCCGAGGCCGAAUACUACGCGCGUAAUGCCGGCGCGUCCGAAUUCCUCGGUGGCAUCACGGGUGGCGUGGCGGGCGGUGUGGCUCAGGCCUACGCCACUAUGGGCUUCUGCACCUGCAUGAAGACGGUCGAGAUCACCAAACACAAGGUCGUCUCCGCCGGCGGCAAACCCCCCUCCACCUGGGCCACCUUCGCCGACAUCUACCGCCGCGAGGGCAUCCGCGGCAUCAACAAGGGCGUCAACGCUGUCGCCAUCCGCCAGAUGACCAACUGGGGCAGCCGUUUCGGUCUCUCCCGCCUCGCCGAGCAGGGUAUCCGCAGGGCCACCGGCAAGGAGCACGGCGAGAAGCUCAGCGCCGCCGAGAAGAUCCUCGCCUCCAGCCUUGGUGGCGGCAUGUCCGCCUGGAACCAGCCCAUCGAGGUCAUCCGCGUUGAGAUGCAGAGCAAGACGGAGGACCCUAAGCGCCCCAAGAAGAUGACCGUGGGCAACACCUUCAGGUACAUUUACCAGUCCAAUGGCAUCAAGGGUCUAUACCGCGGUGUAACCCCCCGCAUCGGCCUGAGCAUGUGGCAGACAGUUUGCAUGGUUGCUCUUGGCGAUAUUGCUAAGGGUAUGGUUGAAAAGGUGACUGGUGACGCCGUCACCACUAAGCAUUAAAGCGACGGCGUUUUCAGGAUAACAUAUCAAAUGACGGAAUGUGAUGUGUGAUACCGGGUGUGUGCGGUUUUUCCAAUGGUUGGAGAUGGGUGAACUGAGUAUACAAUUUGUUGUUGCUUUUUCUAUAGACGAACGGUCGUAACGGCCAAGAACUUCUUUUGCUUCCUC